AUGCUAAGUAAUUUGUCGUUUCCCAAUCUAAUUUCUACUGUAGGGACAUUAUUACUUCGUAACAGUGUUCGACAUGCUUCCAAAAAAUCUGGUACAAGUACUGCCAAUGUCGGUGGCCGAGUUCGUCCUAAACAUAGAGGUAUCAGAUACAACGAUGGCCGUGAAGUUCAGGCUGGCACCAUGUUAGUGUUGCAGAGGGACCUGAGAUUUCAUCCAGGUCUUCAUGUUGGUUUUGGGCGCAACGGCACAUUGUUUGCUUUGGAACAGGGUACAGUGGUUGUUUCGUGCGAAAAGAUGGAUCCAAAUUGGAAUCACACUUGGGUUCAAAGAUUUUAUGGCAACCGCAAAGGGCAAACAAUUUACAAAAAAUUCUUUAACAUUAUACCAAAGCCACAACACAAUCGAUUUAAGCUUGUUGAUUCUAUUUAG